UGUCCAUCCAUGGUGAAAGCAGUUAAAGGGGUUCUUAUAGAGUGUGACACUACUGUUAAGCAGAUCGUAUUGAAUCUCAAUAAACGCAACAACUUUGUGAUUGAAGAUCUUGACGAUACUCACCUUUUUAUUGAAGCUUCUUGGGUUGAUCAAUUGAAACAACAACUAGAUCAAAUCUUGGACGAAAACGCCUAUACUAUUACCAACGAAGAAAACAAAAAGAACAACAACAAGGAUUAAUUCUUAUCUUUUUAAUUAUUUAUCUUAUUUUAUUUAUUUUGUAUACCUCCUUCCACUUUUUUCAUUUUUAUUUUAUUUUAUUUUUAUUCUAUCUCAACAAUUAUUAUCAACUAUGCCUACAUUCAAAAAACAUCCUUGUCCUAUCUGUGGAACUGUCAAGUAUAAGAAAGCUGCUGAAGGUUACUACGUGUGUAAAUAUGGUCAUCAAAUGGUGGGAUAUCAAGAAGAAGCGGGUGAUGACGAUGCUAUUAUUGGUGUACAAAUGUCGGCUAGAAAGAAGGCAGUAACAACUGAACAAAAAGAAUCUCGUUUAUACGGUGCCGAAUUACAAGAUGCUGUGAAACGAAUUCAUCAAUACGUACUUCAAGUCAUGUCCCGUGCAUUUGUGGAACAACUUUCAUUCCCUGCUGAAUUUGAAUAUGUAGCUCGCGAACUCUGGCUUUUGUAUGUUAACGACAGCAAGGUUACCUUAGUAGACGCCUAUGUUAAAAAUGGUCCUACAGAACAACGACCUAUGAAUGACAAUCCUGAUACACUUUUGGAAGCAUCCGAUACUGAUGAUGAUGAUGAUGAUAACGAUACCAAUAACAACGAUAAUGAUGACAAUGGACAUUCUACCCAAUACAAUAAGACGAAAGAAACAAAAUCAGUACAAUGGCCUCCUCUUUUCUUUCGGCACGCAUUGGUGUUUUGUUAUAUCACAUGUGUUUACCUUGGUUGGCCUGUCAUGUUGAAUGAUAUCCAUAGAUGGUGUACGACAAUGCGACUACCAUAUCUUCAUAUACUCAAGGAGUUCCCAGAAGCAUCACUUCGCUUAGUAGAUUUACGAUAUCUGACAUCUAUGUUACAAUUCCCUCGACUUGAAGAUUUGGAAAGAGAUACUGUUAAGUUUACAUCAGCAUUCGUUCAUAGAUGUGGCCUUGAACUUCCAAAAUUCAAUACAUCCUUAUUGAUUCAUCGAUUCUGUACUCAAUUGUAUUUACCAGUGGAAUUCUAUUUUUGUGCUCAAACUAUGUAUGAAAGAUACCCUUAUCAACAUUGGAGUCAAACAAAGGAUGAUGGACAUGUCAAUGAAGGUUAUCAAGUGAUGGUGGUCAUUCUGAUGUUAAUCAAAGCUGCUUAUGGUUUAGAUGAUCAAAAUAGGGAUUGUGAAUAUGAUAAUUCUGAUUUAGCACCACCGUUACCGAAAGGAAUUUGGAUGGAACAUAUUCGUGCAAAUGCUGAACGUUGGGAAGACAUUUACCGACAUAAACUGAUUGAUUCUCCUGAUGUUGAUUUGGAUAUUCUUGUGAAUUAUUUGAAACACUCUGUGACAGGGGAAAGACAUGAACAAAAAGAAAAAAAAUCUAUUGUUCGUCGUCAUAUUUUAAAAAUGCAAGAAGAUUUGAAUUUGACACAUCGAUUGGAAACAUAUGAUGAUUUUUUGGCCGAUAUUCCUCGAUUAUCUUCAACAAUGGAUCAUAGUCAACAUAAAAAAGUGAUUGGUAACGAUUAUAUAUUACAUCCAAAACGAUACAAGGCAGAAGGCAAAUUCUUAUAUAGUGAGGAAUAUGAACUUGUAUUACGCUUGGCUUCUCGUAUGAUAGGUUGCGAUGAACGGGAUUUACAUGGUAGAUUAAUUUUUUAUGAAUCUAGAUUAUAUGAUAUGUCUUCUUGAAAUAAAAAAAAAAAAAACGUUCUUUUUGUGAUCUUCUUGAUCAAAUCCAGU